AUGAUUACCAAGCUCGCUGAGUUAAAAAUAGACGUUAUUCUAGAGAGAAAAAGAAUGGACUACAAUGCAGAAGUACCUAUCAAGAAGCAGCUUGCAGAUGCAACAAGAUUCACCGGCUUAAGCAGAGGCUUUGGUCCAUUAACAAUGCCCCUGCCUUGGCAUCAACGCCAGAGACACGAUGGGGUGUCUGACCAAGAGCAACCGAUCCAGUUGUUGGCUCAAGACCGAAUGCAUAACAUGCUCACCUCAGUUGAAGUCAGCUCGGCACUCCCCAUGGCACUUCAACCAACUGCUCCGAUAGACUUACGAACAGACCUGCGGAUCAGCAUGCCAGCUGUGGACCCUGUCACAAGAGAACACCAGUUACAGCAAGAGCUCCUCCUGCUGCAGCAGCAACAGCAGAUUCAGAAACAGCUUCUCUUUGCUGAGUUCCAGAAACAACAUGAAACCCUCAUGAGACAGCACCAAGUCCAGCUUCAGGAACAUCUCAAGCAACAACAGGAACUGCUAGCUAUGCAACACCAGCAGGAGCUUCUGGAGCAGGAACGCAAACUGGAGAAGAAGCGCCAGGAACAAGAGUUUGGGCGACAACUACAGGAACAGCAUCUUUUGUUUCUUCGAAAUAAGGAAAGGAGCAGAGAAAGUGCUGUGGCCAGUACUGAAGUCAAGCAGAAACUUCAGGAAUUCCUGUUGAGUAAAUCAGCAAAAGAAUCUCCAUCAAGUGGGCAGAACCAUUCCUUCCCUCAACAUCCCAAACACUGGUACAAGGGGGCCCACCGUACUUCACUGGACCAGAAUUCACCACCACAGAGUGGAAGUUCUCCAUCAUAUAAGCAACCAUCAUUGGCAGUUGAUGACACAAAGGAUGAUUUUCCCCUACGUAAAACUGCCUCAGAACCAAAUUUGAAGGUGCGUUCCAAGUUAAAACAGAAAGUGGCAGAGAGGAGGAGUAGUCCAUUAUUGCGCAGAAAAGAUGGCAUCAUUAUCAGCACCUUCAAGAAGAGAACACUUGAAAGAACAGGUUCCUCGGUUUGUAACAGUGCUCCAGGAUCUGGCCCCAGCUCUCCCAACAAUAGCUGCAUUGGAUGCUCAUUGGAGAAUGGAUUCUCACAUUCACACACCGAGCAGUUGCUGCUACAUCGCAGGAUUCUGAAUUGGGAUGGAUCAGUGAACGCUCUGAAUCUCUACACGUCACCAUCAUUACCCAACAUUACUCUGGGUCUCCCAGCUCCAACUGCCUCAUCUGCCUCCUCCCACAUCAAAGCCUCAACAACAAACCAAAAUACUGACAGACAAGCCAUUCCGGGAAUGACAGCCAUUACUGGACAGUUCAGAGGAGGUGCUCCCUUAUCUUCUUACUUAACGCCUGCUCCUUUUGAUGGAAAGGUUAACAGCACCCAUCAUGCCCUGCUACAGCAUGUACUUCUGAUGGAACAGGUUCGAAAGCAGAGUCCCCUCACAACGGGUGUGGUUCCUCUUCACGCUCACUCUCCACUGGCAACAGUGGGGGAGACAUUAUCACCGACUCUCAGGCCUGGAAACAAGUCGCCACGCCACAGACCACUUAAUCGGACACAUUCUGCUCCACUCCCACAAAACACACAGGCUCUGGCACAGUUGCUAGUUCAGCAGCAACACCAACAGUUCCUGGAAAAACAGAAGCAGUACCAGCAGCAUGUACAAUUGACCAAGACAAUUUCCAAACCCAAUGAGCAGCUUCAGCAGCCUGAAAGCCACCCUGAGGAGACAGAAGAAGAUCUCUGCGAGCAGCAGACGCUACAGGAGAUUGAGGGGCCUCCCUGUGGUAGCAGCAAGAGCAACAGCAAUGGUACCUAUACGAGGUCAAUAAAAGAACUUCAACCAGACAUUGUGCAGGUGAAACAGGAGCCCCCAGACAGUGAUGAUGAAAUCAAAUUCAAACAGCAUGAACCUGAGCAAAAAACAGCAAUUUUUCACCAGCAGCUUCUGGAUCAUCAGCAUAUCCACCAAGUUCGACUGUACCAAGCUCAGAUGGCUGUGGUUGGCAUGACAGGAUUAGACAAGCAAAGGCCUGUUUCCAGGACACAGUCAUCCCCUGCUGCUUCCACAUUGCCGCAUUCUUCUAUGGACCAUCCCAUCAGACACGUCUAUACCACUGGAGUUGUCUAUGACACCAUCAUGCUUAAACACCAGUGCAUCUGCGGUAACCACAGCAUUCACCCUGAACAUCCUGGAAGAAUACAAAGCAUCUGGUCAAGGUUGCAGGAAGCAGGAUUGCUCAGCAUUUGUGAGCAAAUCCGAGGUCGAAAAGCCACUUUGGAGGAAAUACAGAUGGUACACUCUGAAUAUCAUUCACUGCUCUUUGGUACUAACCUCCUCAACAGACAAAAGCUGGACACAAGGAAGCUGCUAGGUUCUGUCACGCAAAAUUUCUUCACUGCUCUCCCUUGUGGGGGUCUUGGAGUGGACAGUGACACCAUUUGGAAUGAGAUGCACUCGUCCAGUGCAGCACGCAUGGCCGUUGGCUGUGUCAUUGAGAUGGCUUCCAAAGUGGCCUCUGGAGAGCUAAAGAAUGGAUUUGCUGUUGUCAGGCCCCCUGGCCAUCACGCUGAAGAAUCCACUGCCAUGGGGUUCUGCUUCUUUAAUUCUGUGGCAAUUACUGCCAAGUACUUGAAACACAAGCUAAAUAUAGGCAAGAUAUUAAUCGUGGACUGGGCUAUGAUCAAAAAUAAUGAAACUUCUAUUGAUGACAGAAAAUUGCAUUGGUUGAAAUAUGUGCUCACAUCUUCAGAAGUAUAUUGUUUCGUGGUUCAUAUUGUGAAACAAUAUGGUGAACCCCGACAACUGAAAGAAUCUGAACUGGACAUUAACUACUCGAUUCUGACUGUGGUCAUGCCAAUCGCCAGUGAGUUCAAUCCAGAUGUGGUUUUGGUAUCAGCUGGUUUUGAUGCAGUCGAAGGUCAUGCCUCUCCGUUGGGUGGAUACAAAGUCAAAGCCAAAUGUUUUCAGUACCUGACAAAGGAGCUAAUGAGCUUGGCAAAGGGCCGUGUAAUUUUAGCUCUUGAAGGUGGGCACAAUCUUACUGCCAUCUGUGAUGCGUCAGAGGCCUGCUUUUAUGCCCUGCUAGGAAAUGAGCUGGAGCCUCUUCCCCAAGACGUUCAGCUUCAGAAGCCAAACGCCAAUGCUGUAGCUUCUCUGGAAAAAACAAUUGAAAUUCAAAAGAAAUAUUGGAAAUCAGUGCAACAGUAUGCCUCAGAAGUUGACUGGUCUCUCAAAAAUGCCCAAAACCUGGAGAGAAAAGAGACAGAAACAGUGUCUGCCAUGGCAUCACUUUCAGUGGACCCCAGACAGAGACAUUCACAGAAAAGGAGCAGAACUCCUGAUGAACCAAUGGAAGAAGAGCCAGCUUUGUGAAGUGCCAAGUUCAUCCAGCUAUUUCCUUAACAUGACAUCAUUGUCGGUCCCUUAAGACUCUCCCAGACAUGUCGUGUCUGCUGUUUGGGUAGUAUAAAUCAGCUAGAUCUUUCAGACAGUUCAGCCUGCAAAUAGUGACAAUUUCUCUUGAUCUUGGAAUACUUAAAAACAUACAUCUAUAAAGUUAUUUUUUCAAAUAAAGAAUGUCUUACAGGUCAGGAAUAUUUUCACAAAUUUCUUUCUUUUGACUUCACCGCUGGCUGUUUUCUUUGGAGGCCAAAGUACCCGUAGAUUUCCACUGAUGUACUGAAAUCAUUCUGUUUAUUCUUGAAGGAUGGAUGUUUUAAAAGCAAUGAAACCUUCUGGACUAAGGUUAGGCUAAUAAUGUUGUACCUUUCGAAAAAGAAAGUAAAGCAUCUAAACACUUUCAUAAAAAUGCCUUACAUAUGCUGAUAUAAAAGAAAAGAUUUUAUUUUGUGCGCCUUCAGAAGCAACAAAAAUAUACAUUUAGAAUGUCAAGAAUAAUAAUGAUAGAAAAAUACUUUGAAAUAUUUAUUUGUCUAACUACAGCAGCCUUGAU